AUGGAAGCAGAACAUGAAACGAUCAACAGGACGGUAGAUUGUCUGCCGCGUUUACAGGCAUUGCCUCGGGAAACAGGAACACAGAACAAGAACUCAUUAACCAAGCAGCCACAGGGUAUGGACUCACCAGGGCGCAGUGGGGCCCGCAUGAUACUGUCUCAUGACAAGCGGUACUUCAUCAAAACUCUAGUCAGUGAGGAAGUGGAACAGAUGCACCACCUUCUCAAGCAAUAUCUUCAGCACAUCGUGGAGUGUCACGCUAACACGAUGUUGCCCCACUACCUGGGGAUGUACCGGAUCACGGUGAAUGACGUGGAGACCUACCUAUGCGUGAUGAGAAACGUGUUCAGCCCACGACAACCCACACACAAGAAAUAUGAUCUGAAGGGCUCGACUGUUGACCGAUGUGCAAGUGACAAGGAAAAGGCAAAGGAGUUGCCCACCUUCAAGGACAAUGACUUCUUGGAAGAUGAUGCUAAAGUCAACAUCGGGGCAGAGGAGAAGGCAGAACUGAUGAACAAACUGACCCGCGAUGUGAACUUCUUGGCCAGUCUGCACCUAAUGGACUACAGUCUGAUCGUGGGCAUCCAUGACUGCGACAGGAUCGAGCCCGAGGGCUCGGACAUCAAUGCCCAGAAUAGCGAGUCUGACGGGGAGCCUGUGAGUGGGGAAGACGAGAACGGGCUCGAGGAACAGGUGCCAGACAUCGGCGGGUUCGCACCCACACCGCCCGACAGCCCACAACCGUACGGGCCUGUGCCGGCAUUCAACGGGGACAUAGAUCCGAACAUUGAGAAGUUCGGAGUGAAGAGUUUGGAAGGAGGACCAAAGAAGGAGAUUUGCUUCCUUGCACUUAUAGACAUUCUGACACGGUAUGGAAUGAAAAAGCGCACCGCUCUUGCCGCAAAGACGAUGAAACAUGGCGUUGGGGCGGAGAUAUCCACCGUUCAUCCCGAUCAAUAUGCAAAACGGUUCCUUGAAUUUAUCGACAAGUGUAUAGCGUGACAGUCAAAGUGAUAUUUGUUUGUUAAGUGUUCACGUUUUUACAUGUUACAGGGGUGAGAUUUCUCCUCCUUUAAGCUGUCAGCUCCAUAACAAUGUAAAACUAAUUAUACAAAUAGGUAUUAACAAUGCUGGAUCUAAAUACAAAUGAAGAGUUUAGUUAAAACCUGUAAGAUGGGUAGGGAAUUUUCCUCCGUUGAGGUGGUUCUUAAAUCACAACACUGAUGUUAGAAGUUUGUUUACCAGAGGGACAGAAACUAAGUUGUGUACGGUAGGUUGCCGAGACGGGUAACUAUCCUUAGUACAUUGGUUGACCGUGCAAAGAAAAAAGGAGCCCAGGACCAAGUACAUGUCGUAAUUAUCUUAUGCUUACAUUUAAGAAAACAAAAUCAAACAACAAUAAAAUAUUUCUGCCAUGACUCAAUGUAAAAUUCUCUUUAAUGAACCUGAAUGUUGAUUCUUUAAAAAUAAAAUAAAGUUAUCAGCAGUGGGGGAAAUGGUUCAAGCUUUUAUGAAAAGCUGGUUGCCCAGUCGCAUGACCAACUUUUGAAAUGAACUUGCCUCAGCCUCAAGCUUCAAGUAUUUUUUUAUUAUUAUUAUUUGUUUUGGUAAAAAAUAUUACCAUGUUUCAAAAAAUGUACUGAGCAAUAGCUGUUGUUUUACUAUGUUACAUGUUAUUGUAAAAUUCAAGUAUUGAAUUGUUUGCUGUCAGCAAAAUCUCAUUUAUUGUAAGUUUUAUUUCUUAAAAGACUGAACCUAUCAAGAUGACAGAGAAAAAAAUACGAACUAAUACAUUAUCGUCCAAUACUACAUUGCUGCACACAUCUAUAGAAGUAUUGAAUGAAUCUGUAUUUGUUCCCAUAUAAGUAUUCUAUAGUCAUAAUAUAAUGUUACAAUUAUAGAGAAUUGUAUC